UGUGCCUAGCAUCAAUGGGAAAUAAGGCAAAGGGGAGGGGAACUGAGACCCCGGUCACUGCAUCAGGCAGGCCCCUGGGGCAGUCGAGGCUGUACCCCAUCUUACCAGGACCGCCAGAGAACCAUUUAGACCCUGUGAAUGCACCCCUGCCUUAUCCCCGGAAGGAGGAGCCUGAUUCUUCCUUGCAGGAUAUAGGCAGAUUUUCCAGCCCACCACAUAUGCGAGGGGGAACCCGCUAUGGAGCGGGUGCAGGAGGCGCCGCCAUCUUGCCUCUCCAGGAGGCGCCCCUGGCACCUGAUGCCCCGCCUCGAGCACCCCCAUGGUUAAUCUAUGUUCCCUUUUCCACUAGUGAUUUGUAUAAUUGGAAGCACCAGAAUCCCCCAUUUUCUGAGAAACCCCAGGGAUUGAUUUCCCUCCUAGAAACUAUUUUCAGGACUCACCAGCCGACCUGGGAUGAUUGUCAGCAGAUUCUGCAGACUCUCUUUACAUCAGAGGAAAGAGACCGUAUCAUAAGAGAGGCUGCAAAAUCUGUACUUGGAGAGGAGAGAGAGACAAGAGCUGGUAGAAGGGAGAUCGAGGACAUUCUCCCCUCUCAACCCCCUGCUUGGGACCCUAAUACUACUGGGGGAAGGGACGCGCUCCUCCAGUAUUGCUGGGCUCUACUCAGGGGACUCAAGGCAGCAGCAAGGAAACCUACCAAUUUUAGCAAAGUUAGCGAGGUUAUUCAGGGCAGAGAAGAAUCCCCCGCCACAUUCUUAGAGGUACUCAUGGAGGCAUAUAGAGUAUAUACUCCCCUAGACCCUGAGGCAGAAGAAAAUCGAAGACUAAUAAACAUAGCUUUUGUAACACAGGCUGCCUCAGACAUUAGAAAGAAACUACAGAAAAUGGAAGGUUUUGAAGGAGAAAAUAGAAGUAAAUUGCUAGAAAUAGCUCAAAAGGUUUAUGUGAAUAGAGACAACCCAGAAGUCGGUAGAACAAAAGAAGUCACCAAAAUCCUGCUGGCAGCACAGCAACCCCCAACUAAGGGCAAAGGGAAAGGAGGGGGCCCACAGAGAAGCCAGAAGUGGUGAGUAGAUAAAGACCAGUGUGUGUACUGCAAGGAAAAAGGACAUUGGAAAUGGAACUGCCCCAAGUUAUUGGCAGAAGGAUCAGAGCCGCAAAAGGGCCCUGAGGUGCUGCUCCAAACCCUGGACUGAUGGGGCCAGGGCUCCAUUCCAAUUGGCUCCCAGGAGCCCAUGGUCACCUUGACGGUCGAAGGUAAGCCUAUAGACUUCCUGGUCGACAUGGGAGCCACCUACUCAGUCUUAAAGCAACCUCAAGGACAGAUACAAAAGGCAACUACCAAAAUAGUAGGGGCUACGGGCAAGGCAGAAGCAUAUCCAUGGGCCACUGCAAGAAUAACUAACCUGGGAAAAGGAACAAUUUACUCACUCUUUUCUAGUUAUUCCAGAUUGCCCCUACCCAUUGCUUGGGAGAGAUCUAUUGCAGAAGCUUUGGGCUACCGUUACCUUCAGGCGAGUAGACGGUCCCUCAGAAAGCCGGGAAGCUGGAGUCAACCUAGACAUAACUGUUCCGCUGUCUGAGGAAUAUCUACUGGCCACCAUCCAAGGAGUCCUUACAGGCACUGCAGCAUAUUCGACGUGAGGUGCGGACCCUCUGACAGGCGAUCCAGGCGGAGAAGGCUGAAGGUGCCAAACUACCGGAAGCACCAGAACCUGGACAAUGGGUGUGGAUCCUGAACCAUAGGAGGGGCAACCUAGAGCCUUGGUGGACUGGACACUUUCAAGUACUGCUAAGUACCCCCUCCGCCAUUCAGGUGGCUGAGAAGCCCUACUGGACCCACCUCUCCCACACUAAGCCAGCCCAACUGCCCAGGGAUAGCCAGCAAAAAUGGCAAGUCAAGCAAAAGCCAGGAGAACCCUUGAAACUCACCUUCUCCUCUGUCUAGGGCUGGUAGUAUCCUGGUGUCUGGCCUGCUCAGGGUUAGAGAGACAGGAAUGGGUCUUAAUUAGAAUGGCAGAUGGGACUGCGCUUGCUGAGAAUUAUACUUGGGGAGGGGAAGAGACACUUAACCUGAUUGUUGAUCUGUCUAAACUUUUUGGAGACAGUCUGUGGGACUCAUCACUCUCUGACAGAUUGGGAAGCAGUAAUCUGUAUACCUCUUCCGGAAUUGUGGGUGGAGGAGCGCCAUUAAGGCCAUUAGUGGAAGAUGAAGAAGAAUUCCUGCACAAACAACUAAGUUGAACAACAGCAUAUGGGUUUCCCACUCCAGAUAGGAAAUGGGCACGAGGGUGUGGAUAUGAAGGUGACUUUUACUGUAAAAGCUGGGGUUGUGAAACAAAAGUAAGCCCAUUAGAAUGGACCCCUGGAGGAGGAAGUGAUUCACAUAUUAAGCUUACCAGACUCAAAGAUAGAGACAGCGAAGAAGAAACAUCCAACUGGUAUGCCUCUAUAUUUAAAACCUCCCCAUGGCUGACCACCCUUUUAUCUGCAAUCACAGGACCCCUUCUUUUGCUUCUGUUAUUAGUUACUAUAGGGCCCUGUAUUCUAAAUAAAGUCAUAGCCUUUAUUAAAGAAAGAAUAGAAGUAGUAAAGCUAAUGGUUUUAU